GCGGACCAGCGGGAGGGUACCGCGCGCGCAUCCGCUGUCACGCGGACUGACAGCUCGCUCCCUCCGGUGUAGUGGUUAGCUCGGCGGCUGUCCCACGGGCUGUUUGAAUGGUUUAGCAGUGGGUAAACUGGGAUGCGAGACUGAGGUGGUGUUCAGGAGAAAAGAAGAGGUGAGGAACUGAGUCAACAAGGGAACAAGUAAGACUAGAGAGCCAAAGGUCAUGGACCACCAGAGGCAGAGGACUUUGUCCACAUCAGGAGAAUCUCUCUAUGCAGUGCUUGGAGUGGACAAGAAUGCUACUACAGAAGACAUCAAGAGGUGUUACAGGAAGCUGGCACUGAAGUUUCAUCCUGACAAAAACCCAGACAACCCUGAGGCAGCGGAAAAGUUUAAAGAAAUAAAUAAUGCUCACUCGAUCCUGGUUGACUCCACCAAGAAGAACAUAUAUGACAAGUACGGUUCUCUUGGUCUGUAUGUGGCAGAACAGUUUGGAGAGGAGAACGUCAACACUUAUUUUGUUCUGUCCAGCUGGUGGGCCAAGGCUCUGUUCGCCUUCUGCUGCCUGGCCACAGGUUGCUACUGCUGCUGCUGUCUGUGCUGCUGCUGCAACUGUUGCUGUGGCAAAUGUAAACCUCGGCCACCCAUGGACCAGGAACCUGAUUUUUACGUUUCCCCCGAGGAUCUGGAGGCCCAGGUGACGGCUGAUGAAAGAGAUGGCUGCGAUCCAAUCGUCAUGCAGCCGUCUUCAGCCACAGAAACAACCCAGCUGACCUCUGAUGCACACCAAAGCUACAAGACCGACUCAUACUAGACACGCACAUGUCAGACUCCUUUUUUACAACUCAAAGUGGGAAAGAAAAGGGCAGCAAGAAUAAAACUAAGGGAAAGGAAAUGGAAACUAAGAAGUGAAUAAUUGUUUAACCCUGGUCCAGAUCAACCCUACAGACCUGACCUGUCUUGUAUUAAUCAAAAAAGAUUCAGAGGUAAAAGUGUUUGUGUCCACUCCCGUCAGGAAUGAAGCGACAUGUCAGCUGUCGGGACCUGACCAACAGCUUUAUCUGGAUAUGUCGACAGACACGGCUUUUUUCUUCCAAACCUACAGAUAGUGAAGCAGAAUAUUAAUGUAGCAGAGAUGAAACAAGUUUACACGGAAGGCAAUUCAUUUUAACAGCUUAAUUUUAAUCAUACAAGUUAGAAAAUAAGUUUCAACUCAUUAGUUGUACUGAUUAUGAAACAGAUUUCAGUUUGAACCUGUCAGACUGAGCACCAGCACAUUCUGAAGACAUGUCAAAGCCCUUCGCUCCAAACGAGGCGCCCUUCAGGUGUAGCACAACGCUACGCCAUACUUCUAAACUCUCCUCGCUGUUUGACUCUGCCCACUUUUUGUGCAUUUUACUUUCUGACUCAUUUCGUGUAAAGUUAAAAGCGCUCUCCGUGUCUGUGUGUAGAUUUCACUGGAGGACUUUUCUUCCUUCUUUGUCCUGUAUUUUCUUUUCAUUGUUUCUAGUUUCUGUUGUUUAAUGAAGGAUUUGAUUUCAAAAGUCUUGGUUUUUCCAACAGCAGGUGAUUUGUUUGAUGUAGAUUUUUAACUAUCAGUCGUGUCUUUUUGUGCAACAGUGUUCCUCUUUUUGUAGCUUUAUGUGACAUGAGUAGUUUGGUUGAAUAGUUUAAUUUGUGUAAAAGCAACAUGUCAUUGUUCUGAUUUGAGAAGUCAGUCAUCACAUACUCAUAGAUCAUGAUAAAGUGCAUUAAGGAUCAGUUUUUCACUCUUAACUAAGGCUUGCAGAACUUUCAGGGAGUCUGCAGGCUCAGUCUGAGAAACUCAUUGAAUGGAUUCAACCCAGUUUGAUUAGUUCUGUCUGGACAAUCAGGACACUUCCACCUUUCACAUCAGCUACAGAGUGAUGGACAUCUGGAGAACAUGGCCAGGUGUAAAUAAGUGUUGCAGCAUUAUUUAUUUGAUUUUUUAUGUUAGCUUGGUAUUGUGAAGGGGAUGUAUACAAUUUUAGAUGUGAACCAUGUAGACAGUGAUGACUACGCAGUAGCAGCUAGAGACAGCUGGAGGAUUUCUGUUUUUAGCAUGAACUGAUUUUUGUUUCUGUCGAGCAGAUAUGAGUAGAUAAAUUAUGUGUCCCAUGUACUGUUGUAAAAUUAAACGGUGCUUUUGCUUCAAA